AUGAGCGCGCGCGCACGCGACGGUCUAACUGCCGCCGCGCACGCGACGCCCCACCCUUAUUUAUUGCCCCACCCCGCACUAUCACUCGUAUCUGGCCGCUUCGUAUCUCCGCUGAAACACAAUAAGUUUCAGGAUAUUUAUAAGAUGAUGGCGUGUUCAUAUUUGAGCACUGCAGGAGUGAAGCCAGAGCGGCCGAUGGCUGGAUGCUGGACGCCACCUUAUUCUCUACCGGCGCCUGAACCCAGUCAGAUGACAUCGUUUGUCCGACCGUCCAUAGCACCAGUGGAGGUACCAAGCGUCCCCGAGCCCGCGCUCGACCUCACGACCACCCUCAAGCCUCGUGCACACUCGUCUAGUGACGAUGACUCAGAG